AUGGGAAAAGUAGUGUCUGCUUUGGCCAUUUAUGAGCUGAAGCAAAAGUCGGUGCGGGCACGAGAGCCUCCCGAGAGGCGGCGUUGGGCGGAGCAGGCCAUCAAACUGGCCGCGCGAACAAGCUCUGUUGAGAUCUUCGCCGAUAUAGUAGAGUGGAGUAAGAGGUAUAUACGGGACCCGCUGGUGUUCCCUGAUUUGAUGUGCGAGAUAAUCGACAGCUCUGGUGGCCUGCUUUCAUGCCGCAUCGAUUUAAACGGAGUGACCAUACCUGUCUCAAAAUCCGUUCUACUGCAAGAAGCGCAGACUGGACACAAGAUCUUGGAGGAUAUACAUCAAGCUAGUUCACUCCUACUGCGCGAACCCUGGGCUCGACCAUCGAUACCAAGAAUAACACGAAGCGUCCCGGGGAUGCUUUCAAGGAUCGUCGGGGGGAGGAUGAACGUGGUAAGGAAGCUGCCCUGUGGAGACUCAGUAACCGACUCCGAAGUAUUCGAAAUACUUGUCCAGCCCAUGGCCUCAAUUCUCCUCGAGUACGAGCGGCAGGGCAACAUGGAGGGCCAGACAGAUGUUGACUGGAGCGGUCCAUCUGGAAUGGCGGUCUCGUACUAUCUCCCUGCUACUCCCAAUCCUAGGGAAAUGGCUUUCAUUGACCGGCUCGCAAAAGUACGAGACGAGAUUUGGCAGCAACACAGCGCUCGAAAUGAUCCAAGAGUUCUGGAACUAAGAGCCGGCUGGCCGCGAGGACUCCCAAUCCAAAGUCUAGUUCACUCUCAAGCCUUCGUACACUGCGCUAUAAAGCACGAGGAAUACGUGCCGUUCAUCUCAUCGAGAGCCAACCAGGUACUUUUCGGUGCGGCUAACACUGUCAUGGCUGCUGUAAAGGAUGAAGAAAAAGAUCUUAUUGAUGGAUUCGUGGACGAUCUUGAUUUUGUCAUCCGUGCUUUUCUGGGAGAUGGGGAUAGGGAUAGAUCUCGCGAUGCUUUGCGCCUGUGGGAAUAUUAUUCUCGAUUGUUGCAGCCGCAUCCGGAUUAUCUCGGUCUGUUCCAGGACUGGCUGGUCACCAGGAUGCUCUCUAUAGGCGACAUGGCCGAGGCCAUCAACUUCAUUCGUCCGCCGCUUCAGUCUCCUUCGCAGAUCAGACCGACGGUAUCCCGAGUGCCUACAGGAUCCGAGAUUAUCGAAUGGGAUCCUCACGAGGGCGAUUAUCCCCUGUCUUCCAAAACAGUCGAUGAUGAGAAAGAGGCUAGGAAGCCAGAGCCCUGCAGAGUACCUUGUACAGUUCUCAACUGCCGGAUGGGCGGAAGCAUACCCUCAAAGGCUCCCCUGGUGGAAAGAAAGACGCACCCAGAACCUCAGCGCCUUUCAAUCUGGUCCUCCAAGAAUUGCACACUGGCGGCCGACACCCAGGACCUUUCACGCUGUGUCCAAGACUCUGUUGUUUUGGCUGCCCUCUUGUUCCUGGACACUUACACAAAGAGCCCUCGAAUCUUACGAACAAAAUUCCCUGAUGUCGAGUUUCCGCGAUGCGCUGAGAGAGAGUCUACCAAGAGGAUCCCUCCACAGGUCCUGUGGGAGCUCAUCUGGUCAUUUUUGGACACGUUGAAAGCCGAGCCAAAUGCCGCAAACUACUCAUCUUUAUUGUUUCACACAUUCGAUCUGAUUGAGAUCCUGCUCCAAACCGAUAAGCCACAGCUCGCGAUUGAUGUUGUUAUUCGAGUAUGGCAAGACUUUGCAAACGAGUCUUCUUUGCAUCGCAAAAUAUGCCUCGUGAAGCUUGGCCGUGUCCUAACCCCGGAACAGGGAAGGGAGAUGAUGAGAGGGUUCACCAGAUAUGUCUGCGAGUCGCUACAAGCUCAACAACAGCAACCGGCAAAAGAAGAAAAGAAGGAGAAAAAGGCUUUCAUCAAAGUAACCACGGCCAAGAUGCUUGCGCAGGCGCUGGCCGAGGCAGACUUUCUUUCACAAUCCGAUCGAAGGGAGACGCUGCAGACGAUGUUCAAUUCCGCUCACCACAUUGAUAUUCGGAGAGAGAUCGCCGCGGCGCUUUUGGAGCUUGUCAACACUUGCGAUGAUAGCAACGCUGAGCCAUACAGAGUCUUUGCCACGAUAGCGUCCUCGGUCGCAGGGCCCAACAAGCGGGCCACAACCACCGAAGCGGAAUGGGCGAUAGCAGAGACUGGGCCCGCUCCCCUAUGUUCCUCCAGUUUCCGAUCGUCCUAUAUUGAGCUGGUGGUUUCCACCGCCGUUUCCAAAGUCCCGGACAGGCUGCGGUCGGACUACGUGCAAAACGUGCUAAUAACCCUACUGCAGGAAUCCACUCGCCAGCAUACGCGAUGGAUGGCUGCAAUGAGUGCUAGACUGGGGCUCUCCGUGUCCGGCCUGUGAAUCACUGAGAAUGAGAUUGGGCCGUUUACCCCAGGUCUAACAGACCAAAUCCUAUCCAAGUGGAUUGAGUAUGUCCCAGGAUCAUACCUACAAGAGUACCAACUCCCCUGGGCCCUGGGCCACUUUCAAUACGAGUCCUUCAGUCGCAUUGACAAGGCGCUUUCAGUGACAAUCGCCGGGCCACUGAAGGAUAUCAGCGUUCGGGACCAUUGGAAAGGCUUCUUCGCCUCUUUAAUAGCUCGAUCUGCCCUCUUCAAUUUGAAAGGCCUCCUUUUUCCGAUCGUCAAAAAGGGCUCGAAAGUUUCGAAUGGAUUGAGCAUCGCGCACAUCCUUGAGGAAUUCUCUUACCGUGCGGAAGUAAUCACCCGAAACCCAGUCAAAUUGCACAGACUUUUGAAAGCAUACACUGUGCAUCCGGAAUACCCAUUGGAACCAUUGCGAGCUCUCAGAAAGUGCUGGGUGCAAUGCGUUCCUGCUGUGAAAAUUGCCAACCAAAAGGUGCAGGUUUACAACGACCUGACAGACGCUAUGAGGCGAGCGGUUAAUGUUUUCGAAAAGGUCCGGAAAGAAGGACGGUGAACCAAGUUAAUAGCUUCCAGGUAUCCCGUGACUCUGCCCUCGACCUUCGAUUACCAGGUUCUCAUGCUCCCUUCUCCAGAGUAUAACCCAAGAGCCGCGGUUUUGCAGUCGGCGGUUGAGAU